ACGGCGGGCGACCGCUCGCCCGCGCUUUUCAGGCUUCUGCGUUUUCUUCUGGAGGUUCUGUGUUUUCGAAAGAGGUUGCUUGGUUAGUUCUAUCCAGCGGCGGCGAUCCUUCUCUGAAUGUGAAAAUGCCGUAGGUAUCUCCUCCCCAGGGGCAGAGGAUCUAAAUAGACAUUUUUCCAAAGAGCACGUACAGAUGGCCAGCAAGUACAUGGAAACACGCUCAACAUCACUAAUCAUCAGGGAAAUGCAAAUUGAAACUACAAGUGUUAAAAGAUCACUGAAAUUGGAUGAUCCAUUGGAAGCAGAUUCAUUUGGCCCUUCAAAAAUCACAAGGAAGAAAAGUACUACAGAUUAUUCUCCAACAACUGGAACUUGUCAAUUGAGCCCAUUCGCUUCUCCCACAAGGUCUAAAGAACAAGAACACAAAAAUGGACCAUCAAAUGGAAAGAGAAAAAAAUUGAAUCAUCUCAGUUUAACCAAGAGAAAGAAAUCUAUAACAAAAGACAAUGAAUUAAUGGUGUUGCUAUCUAAAGUUGAGAAAUCAGCAGAAGAAAUUGUGAAAAUAAUGCGAGGUUUAAGUAGUAUACAGGCUUUGGAGGGCAAUAGAAAGCUUGAAAAUCUCAUUGGUAUCUCCUGUGGAUCAUGUUUCUUAAAAAGAGAAAUACAGAAAACAAAAGAACUGAUGACAAAAGUAACAAAACAAAAACUGUUUGAGAAGAAGAGCUCAGAACUUUCUAACAAAGAGUUACAUCAUCUUGACAGCUAUGAAUUCCUUAAAGCCAUUUUAAAUUGAGGCAUUCAGAAGAAAUGAACUCACUAUGAACACCAACUUCUGCAUCUGCCUGAUCAUAUUUAAAGGAACAGAAGAAAUGUUUGUAAUUAAUCUGCCCAGUAAAUACCAGAUCAUAGCACUAGGCAGGUGCAUGUCUAGAUAAAAUUUCUUGCAGCUAAUUUAAACUUUCUACACACACCAGUAGAUAAUCUCAAUGUAAAUAAUACAUUUCUUCUUGACCCUUUAAUGAGUAAGUUAACAUGUAGACAAGGAUUUUUGCCUUAUAUUCUUUAUUAUGUAUGUAUGCUUCUGUAUAUUUUUAGCAUUUAUGAAUUAGAUUUAAUAAAGCAUUUAUGAAAAUGA